CGUAUCAAAGACUUUCUGAUCCAUCACCAGGUAAUUUCUCCUCAAUUAUCGCUCAACGCGCCACACACACAGCUCGAGAGAGAUGGGUAAUAAUUACAGGUUCACGUUAUCGGAGAUGAUGCCUAUGGCCUGGUUCUACAAGCUGAAGGAGACCACGCGGACGAGCAGAGCCAAGAAUUCCAAUUCCAACGCGUCUCCCUCCUCCUCCAACAAGAAAAAAUCAUCCAGACCCACUCCUAUUCCCACUCCCAAUUCCAAUUACCAGUACUCACCCCCCAAUGGAUUCCACAAUUCCACCGCAAGCCACCGAAUCAGAACACCCACUCCCGCAGACCCCCCAAGAAGAUCUUCCUACUCCAAAACCCUUCGCAGGACCUCCAGACGCCCCCCUGUCUCUGAUCCUGCCUGCUCCAUUAGCACUACGAAUGCUGACCUUACUCCUGAUCAGGAUCAUCCUCAAUGUUCUGAACUGCGUGAAUCACAAUUCCAUCAUGGACAGGCCAGCACCUUUAGUUUUACUACUUCUUCAAAACCUGAUCACGCACUAAUGAUCUCAGAAAGCAUAGACCUCACCCCAAUUUCAGCCAAAAUCAGAGAAAACCACAAACUCACUGAGCCAAUUAUCACGAGUUCCUCAAUUCCCAAGGCUCCCCGGAAAAAGAGUUGUCCUGCAAAUGCCGGCGCCUCUGUUACUGCUGAAGAUGAUGAACGGGGCUUCAAGAAGAAGGUUGACGGAGAAAGGAAUAAGAUCAUGGCUGCUUCGGGAGUGAAGCUCCGGCCAAACUCCCCCAGAUUUGCCAACAGAAAGAUCAAUCAGGCCUUGGGUGGGCGCCGGAAGAGUACGAGUACUGCAUUAGUGAUGACUCCGACCAGUUCGAGACUAGCAAUGCAAAGGAAGCACCGGGGGGCUGAUGAUGAGAUGAGAUUCAUGGCAAUUACGAAGGCGUCGGAGGACCCACAAAGAGAUUUUAUGGAAUCAAUGGCGGCGAUGAUUGGGGAGUACAACAUAAGGGCGGCCAAUGAUUUGGAAGAGCUGCUGGCCUGGUACCUCUCUUUGAACUCCGAUGAGUUUCAUGACCUCAUUGUCAAGGCGUUUCAGGGAAUCUGGUUCGCUUUGAGUGAAAUUCACGAUUCACGACAGCAGUAAAUUACGUGUUAAUCUUAAUUAGCUAGUUAAAUUAGUCAUGUGUUUCAAUUUUGAAUUUCUCAGAGAUGUGUUGAAGCAAAUUAAAUGAAGCUAGUGUCUCUAAGAUUGCAACAGUGAUUACAUCCAUCUCUAUGAAAUGUUUCGUACUGUAUAAAUCUCAUAGAAUCAAAUAAAUAAAUAAGUACAUGAGAUUUCAUGACCGAUAA